GCAUUAAUCCUCACGGUGCUGGAAUUGCUAUACAAUUGCAAUUGCAAUAGCGAUAGCGAUAGCGAUUCAACUACUUCAAACAGUCAGAAAUCUCCUACCGCCACCGAGCUUCUCUGCCAUCCUUUCUUCUUUUAAAGUUUGUUCUCAGAUAUGGAUUUCCAAGUGGUUGUCUUAGCUGGUGGUACUUCAAAGAAAUUGGUUCCUCUGGUCUCUAAGGAAGUCCCAAAACCGCUGCUUCCGGUGGCCAACCGGCCGGUUCUGUCUUAUGUUUUGGAGCAAUUGGAACUCUGCAAUCUCAAGGAUCUUAUUGUGGUUGUUGAAGGGCAAGAUGCAGCACUUCUAGUUGGUGCUUGGAUAUCAAGUGCUUAUGUUGAUCGUCUACAUGUUGAGGUUGCUGCAGUCCCUGAAGAUGUUGGAACUGCUGGUGCUCUUCGGGCCAUUGCGCAUCAUUUGACAGCAAAAGACAUUUUGGUUGUGACUGGUGAUCUUGUUUCUGAUGUUCCUCCUGGUGCAGUUGCAGCUGCUCACAGACGGCAUGAUGCAGUAGUGACUACAAUGCUUUGUUCUGCUCCUGUUGGUGGACCUGCUGAAUCAGGAUCCUCUGCUGGAAAGGACAAAAUAAAGAAACCGAGACGAUAUAACAUCAUUGGGCUGGACCCUACAAAGCAGUUUUUAUUACAUAUAGCAACAGGAGCUGAAGUUGAGAAAGAUAUUCGAAUUCAGAAGAGUAUUCUUCGUGCAGUGGGACAGAUGGAGAUACGAUCUGAUCUUAUGGAUGCUCAUGUGUACGCGUUCAAGAGGUCCAUUCUGCAAGAAAUUUUAGAAGAGAAGGAUAAAUUUCAAAGCUUAAAACAGGAUGUACUUCCUUAUCUUGUUCGGAGCCAGCUGAGGUCGGAGUUAUCACUAAAUGGUGUAUCACAAGCAGAAGAAAAUGGAAACGAGAAGGUUAGUUCCCAGAACAACCAUGUAGUGGUAUCUCAAAUACUAGCCAAUGCUUCUACACCAAGCUUUCAUGAACUCUAUGCGUUGGGUCAUAAUGGUUCUGCUCCUGUUCGAAGAAUCCACAAGUGCUGUGCUUAUAUUGCAAGUAACACCAGAUACUGUGCACGCUUAAAUUCUAUUCAAGCAUACAGUGACAUAAACAGAGAUGUCAUAGGUGAGGCAAAUCAUUUGUCCGGCUAUUCAUUCUCUGCUCAUAACAACAUCAUCCAUCCAUCGUCACAGCUUGGAUCAAAAACUACUGUGGGACCUCAUUGUAUGUUGGGGGAAGGUUCACAAAUGGGUGAUAAAUGCAGUGUGAAACGGUCCGUUAUUGGUCGUCACUGCCGGAUUGGUUCUAAUGUGAAGGUUGUUAAUUCAGUUAUCAUGAACCAUGUUACCAUUGGAGAUGGCUGUUCAAUUCAAGGUUCUGUGGUUUGCAGCAACGUACAGCUCCAAGAGCGAGUUGGACUCAAAGAUUGUCAGGUUGGAGCAGGUUUUGUAGUCACUGCAGGUUGUGAGUACAAGGGAGAGUCCUUGGCCAGAAAAGAGAAAUGAAUGAAUGGGGGUGUCCCUUGCUAGAAAAAGAAAUGCAGAUCUCAGGAUUCAUCUCAAUUUUGUACCGUGAUCAUCAUUGGUUUGUCUGGAUUUUUCUGACUCCUACCCUUUAAUGGUAAAUCAAACCUAUGGGAAGGAAAGAGAAAUCCUACAGUCAACAAGUGUAUCAUCCGACUUCCGUCAUUUGUUUCUUUUUCGUUUUUUUUUUUUUCUCAUCUCUUUUGUCAUUGUUUUUAAUUGCGCUGCAUGUAUUGUUCCCGUGUAUGUUUAAUGACAAAUUACACAAUUGGAUGAGGUUCAAUUUUGUCAUAAUCGUUGUAAAAGAUGUUCGAAGUUCACUGGUUCUUGAAUGGAAAAGCCUUUAUCAUUCA